AUGGAAGAUCUGCAAUAUUUUUAUGUGAAAAAAAUAAAUAAAAAUUUCCAAAAAAAUGGUGAUCAAACGAAACAUGAGGAAGACAAGGAGGAAGAUAGUAAGAGAAAUGACGUGAUAAACAAAUUCAGAAUAUGGGAACAGAUGCCCUUAUUAAAUAAAAUGAAAAAGAAAUUAUCAAGAGAGAACGAUGGAUGGGACGUAAUAUCAAACAUUUCAAAAUGUUCUUCAGAUGAUAGAAAAGAAACGGAAAAAAAAAAAAUAUUAAUUUGUUUAGGAAAUAACAAUUUCGGUCAAUUAGGAUUUCAAGAAAGUUCAAAAAUUGGAAUAGUGGAUUUUUCUACUGUCAUUAUAAGCAAAAAUUAUUCGACCAAUCAUAGGCACCCAAGAGGUAGAGUCAAACGUAGGGUUCAAUUGGGAGUGGAUGAUGCAGUGAUGGAUGAUGCUGUUGUGGAUGAUGCAGUGAUGGAUGAAACCUUCGAGGAAGCACAAAGACUAGGGGAAUCUUGCACAAGACGAAAAAAAUACAAUGACAUUGCCAGAGACAUGAAGAGACGGAACAAGAGCAGGCCAGUGUUUAAUAGACACUCAAAUAACUUCCUGAGUAAAAACGAAAUGUAUAACAAUAUACUGACUAGGCUUCCAAACGAUUUUAAUUUAUCAACAAUAAAAAGAUUAAAAAUUGAUGAAGAAGAUAAAAAAAGCAAAGGCAAAGGUAGCAUUCACAACUUGCGUGAAAACAGACUUAUCAGCAGUAGUAGUGGUAAGAAAUACAGAAGUAUUACGAAUCCAGAUAUGAAUGGUAGAAAAGAAGAAAAAGAAAAAGUGAAUGUACAAAUGGGUGAAGAAGCACAGUUACAGAUAGAGGAAGAAGAGCGAAAGGAGAGUAAAAGAAAAGACAUAGAAAGUUUAAGGAUGAAAUUUUACAAAGAAAGAAAUUACCUCAUUAGGAAUAAGUACGAAGAAGUGAAAAUGGUAGCUAAAAAAAAGUUCUUUUCUGAAAAUGAAAAUGAUAAUUAUUAUAAAAAAAGGAUUAAUCAGUACGAUGAAUUUUUGAAAAUAAAUGAAUACACGGAUAGAACCAAGGGUGAUGCAAUCAUUAGUCCAAGUAUACACACAGGUAUUUACAAUACUAACUUGGGAAAUAAACAAACACAUAUGAGCAACAGUUUCAAUAGCAAUUUCAAUCAUUCAGAUUCCGAAACCAAGAGGGGAGAAAAUUACAAUUAUUUUAACCCUAAAACAAUUAACUGCGGAAAAUAUCACUCUGGAGUGGUAAGUAAAAAUGGAUUCGUCUGUUUGUGGGGUUUGAAUUGCUAUGGACAACUAGGAGUGAAUCCAAACAAGUCAAUACAUACAUGUUAUAAAAAAACCAAACUGAAAAAGUUAAAAAAAAUUGAGAACAAAAAAAAAAAUCCCAAAAAAAAAUCAAUAAUGAGUAGGAGGAGAAGUAUUUUCUCAUUUAUGGAAAAAGAGAAAACAAUUUUGUCUCCAUAUAUAUAUAAAUUAAUUCCUUUAAAACAUUUUGGAUACAAACAUAAAGUAAAAGAUAUAAGUUUAGGAGCGUUUCAUACAUUAUUACUCACAUAUGAUGGGUUCGUUUUUACCUUCGGAUGUAAUAAAAAAUCACAGUUAGGUUUACCUAAUGUAUAUGAUAAAAAAAUAUCACACACAAGUAAACCAUUCCUUCUACCUCUCGUGAUUGGAGAAAGAGGGAUGCAUAGGAAUAACCCUAGAUAUGGAAGAACGAAUACCUUUUUUUUCUCGUCCAAUUCGACUUAUGCUAAUAUUGCUCAUCCAAUUAUAUUCAUAAGUUGUGGAAGCUACAAUAGUGCUGUGAUUGAUGCGAACAAGGAAUUGUGGAUGUGGGGCUGGAAUAAGUUUGGACAGAUAGACAAUUCGUACGCAAUUGAGAAGAUGAAGAAGAAGAAGCAGAAUCAGAAGCAGAAGGAAGAAGGAGAAAAAUAUGCAAAGAAAUUUAGAACAUGCAGUGGGGGCAAAAUACGUGUUGAUAUCAUGAAUAUGAAAAAUAUAAGUGAAAUUUUACAUAAAGGAGGAGAAAAAAUAAAACAGAAGCUAACGUCAAAGAAGGAAUUAGAUGAAAAGGUACAGGAGGAGAAGGAGGACAAAUAUAAUCGAAGGAAUUAUAAAAAAAGGAACAAAAAUGUGAAUAUCCCAAGGAAUAUUAAAAUAAAAAACAAAAAAAUCCUUCAAGUUAGUAUAGGAAAGUACCAUUGUUUAUGCCUUACUGAAGAGAAAUCUGUGUAUAUAUGGGGAUAUUUGAAAAAAGAAAAGAAAAAAAAGAAUGAAAAUUAUUCAUAUAUAUCAUGCUGUCAUGAUAAGGAAUACUAUAAGAACAUUACACGAAUAACAAAAAUGAGUUGUUUAAGCAGUUUAUACAUUUCUAAUAUUGUUUCAUCAAGUACUCACACUGCUUUUGUCUCCCCAAUUACCUACAUUGAUAGGAAGAGUGAUUUGUCAAAGGAGGUGAAUGAUAGUAAACUCUCAGUUGUAAAGAAGGAAAAGGCUAGUGAAAAGUAUAGGCGCAAUAUUCUACUAAAAAAUAAAAACUUGGAUUACUUAAAAUACUACUCUGAUCAAGUCAAAACAAGAGGGGGAGAUAACAUUUUUUAUGUCAAAUACACAGAUUUGCAUUUUCUCAUAAAUAAUGCAGAGCACCAACAGGAGAAGAAAAAUUGGACGUGUGAGUUCACUUCCUCGAACGAAAAUGUAUACUUUAUAAAUAAUGCACUUCAUGUUAGUAACAUAUAUCAGCACACAAAUAAUUAUUAUCUGAGCACGGGAGGAGGAGCGGGAGGAGGAAUAACAGCAGCAGGAGCACAUGGAUGUGAAACUAAAAGCAUAAACUUCCAAAGGAGGGAGACACAUAGUAACAUGCAUAUAGACAAGUACUGCUAUAAAGAGCAUGCUUGUAUCUGCAAGGAUGGAGAAAAAAUGGAAAAAAUUUUACAACCCUUAUUUCUUAGCAAUAAUAAUAACCUCGAUCGAGUGUACUUGAUACAAAUAUUUCAAGUGGCGUUAGGGAAAAACUUUGGAAUUUUUUUAACAUCAUCCCCAUCUAUUAAUCGAAUUUUAAAUAAAAAAAAAAUCGAUUAUAUAAAUAAUAUUUGUUCAUUAGAUGUUUUGAGACAUAAAAUUCCAGAGAGAAACUUAUUUAUCAUAGGAAAAUCUGAUUUCCACGAAAUUCUUUUACCAAGUAAUUGUAAACAGACGACACUCCCAAUUUGUCUGCAUAAAAAUAAAUUAAUAAAUGAAGUUCUAAUAAGAAAUAAAAAACAUAACUUUUUAAAUUUAUCAAAAAGGAAAAAAUACUCAGAUCAGAUUAGCUACAAUAUUAACUUAUUCAAUUUAAAAAAAUAUCAUGAAAGAAUAAAAAAAAGCGUAAUAAACUGUAGUUUACUCUACAAUGACAUCGACCAUCAGGGAAAGUUUUCUCUCAUGUUGGAUCCAGGCAAUGCCAAGAAUAAUUCACUCUCUGCAUACAAGUUGAACUCGUCUAACUUCCGCACAAGUAGUAGCAGAAAUAAAAAGUCCAUUUCGUACGUCCAAACGUCAAGUGAUAGAACCAGCAGCAACAGCAACAGAAACAACAGCAGCAGCAGCAACAGCAACGGCAAUAACAACCUUUUUCAAUUCAACUUGACACAGAAUCGAAACACAAAAUCGGUAGGAAACCCUAAGAACUAUCCCUCCCCUCAAGAAUACUUUUCUGGGAAUUCCCAAUUAGGAUUCUGCCUUUCGGGUGAAGAUCUGAAUGAAUAUAGCAAUGGUGGAUAUAAGAAUGAGCAGAGUAAUGGGAAUAACCCUGAAGAGACCUCCAAAAUGAGACAUUUCGACAAAAGGUCUGCACAUUCAGAAAAUUCAGAGAAAAUGUAUUCCUCCUUAGACAGAAUCAGUCUGAACAUGCAGAUGGGUGAAGAAAAAGCGGAAGUAAAAAAAAAAAAAAAGCCUACCCCUUUGUUGUGCAUAAAUCAGAAGGGAAAAAGUUUUUUGAGUUCAUCAAACGAUGGAAAUUUGGAAGGAAAAAAUAAUACACAUAAUGAAACCAAAUUGGGAAUAACAAGUAAAGACGUCAACACAUAUGAUGAACAUUGCGAAUACCCAUCUCGAAAGGAUGAAACUUCAGGGAGUUCUCUCAUGACACCGAAUGAUGAAGAGGACUUGUCCAAAAGUGCACGAACUGGUGAUUUAAAAUUUCCACACACGAGCAGGAGCAGGAGCGGCAGCAACAGUAAUAGCAGAAGAAGUUAUAACAAUAUUGCCACUAUUGAUGAAAAAAAUAACGCUGACCGAUCUAUUUUAAUUUCUGUCGAUUCAUCUGAAAAAGUACCAAAGGAAAAAAAUGAGACUUACACAGAAAAAGAAGUAGGAAUGGCAUUAAAAUCACCAAUGGAAAGGAGAAAAAGAUCGUCAUAUAUAAAUAAAAAAAAAUUAUUUAGAAAUAUAAUAUUACAAGCUAUCGAUAACAUGAAUAAUGACUUUUUAAAUGGAAAAAAUGAAAGGCGUAAAUUUAAUAAAUGGGACCAAGCAAAAUUAAAAUUUAAAGUUUUCAAAAAAAGAAAAUCCUGUUUAUGGAAUUAUUUCACCUAUCAUCAGAUUAAGAGAAAAUCCCCCUUCGGUUCGAAUUUGCUAGAAAAUAUUGUUAACAUAACGCUCCUAGACGUCGCAUGUGGAGAUUACCAUUCCUUGAUAUUGUUAGAGGUGGAUACCAUAUUAUGA